UUUUAUUGUUUUCAUUUGCUUCAUUGGGAACGUCGUUUGCCGCGCUCAUUUGUUUAUUUAAUUUUUGUUAAAUAUUUCAAUUUUUUUUAUUUUUUUGUUGCAAUUUGAAAGAAAAGUUAAUUUUUAAUUAGUAAAAAUAAAUAUGGAAUUUUCCCAAUCGUUUGAUUUUGGCAAUAGUACUUUCAUGAAACUGGAAAGCCAGGCAAAACAUGCCUUGAAUGCUGAUCAGGAGAAUCGUGCUCCAAAUGAGAGAGGUUUGGAUGUCAUAGACGAGUCUCCAAAGUCGAACAACAAAACUUCGUUAUUUUCGGCUUCCUUGCGAUCCCGUAAUGCUACACAACGUACGAAUACAAGGACCACUGACUCCACAUAUCACAGGAAAUUUAGGCGUAGUAAAUCCGAUACUACUCUCCCAAAGGCACCAAAAGAUGAAAACACAGAUUAUUCUGAAUUUUUUCGUAGUGACUUUUCCAUUCCAGACGAUGUUUCUAAAGCCAAGACAAGCGAAGGCAGUGAAUCGUUUUUGAGAGUUUCACAAAUAGAAGCAGCUUUCAAUUGUAUAGAUCCCGUACAGGAGAAGGAUGAGGAAAAACUCCACACAAGUGACAAUCAAAUAUCGUUUCAGUUAGAGGAAUGUACCGGCGGCAAAAGCAAUGAGGAUAGUUUACAAAAUGUUUCCAGAGAUUCUUUGGGUUGUGAUGAGAACUUAAAUGCCACAAAUGAGGGAGAAUAUAAUGAUAGCAGCGAGUCAUUAGAAAAACCCAUAUUCUCUGAAGACCUAAAAGACCUAUUGGAUACGGAAGAUCCCAACGAUGAUGUUGAUAUGUGGAAAGAUUCUUUACCAUUAUCUGUCAUACCCAAUGAUAAUUUACAAGAAGAAAAAUCUGAAGUCGUCCUGCAUGAAAUCAGCAGUUUCCUUUGUCAUCCGCAAGAAGUCGAAAAUCACGAUGAACAAAGAAAAGAAACUCUUGAAAAGGAAUUGAAAACAAGUCGUAAAAUAUUCAAAGAAUCUGAACAGUCUGUUGUUGUGGCACAAAAUGAUAUUAGCCUAAGUCAUAUGUCCCCUGACCAAUUGAAGUUUACACAAGAUUCUCCACCACAAUCGCCACCCGUUGAAAGGAAGUCACCUGAAAAAGUGUCUAAAACAAAGUCAACCCAAAUGAUUAAGAAAUGUGAAUCGUCUGUGAAGCAUGAAGAGCCUAAGGCACAAAUGGCAAUAUCAAAUAAUUUGGAUGCUCUAAAAUCCAUAUCUGCUUGGAAUUUGCCAUUAAGUGUUCUCAGGGAAUAUGAACGUAAGGGGGUUAAACAAAUGUUUGACUGGCAAGUCCAGUGUCUUUGCAACCCCAAGAUUCUUUUCGAACACUGCAAUUUGGUAUACUCUGCCCCAACGUCGGCAGGAAAAACCCUAGUUAGUGAAAUUCUAUUGCUUAAAACCGUAUUGGAACGUAGCAAAAAGGUACUCCUCAUAUUACCUUUCAUAUCUGUGGUACGCGAAAAAAUGUUCUAUCUACAAGAUCUGUUGACAGCAGCCGGAUAUCGUGUAGAAGGAUUUUUCGGUGGUUACACCCCUCCCGGAGGAUUUGAUAGCAUAAAUGUUGCCAUAUGUACCAUUGAAAAGGCAAAUUCAAUUGUAAAUAAAUUACUAGAACAAGGCAAAUUGGAUGAAAUUGGCACCGUGGUUGUGGAUGAGGUGCAUUUAAUAUCCGAUCCCGGACGAGGUUAUAUCCUAGAGUUGCUAUUGGCCAAGAUCCUAUAUAUGUCACGCAAAUAUGCCCUGCAGAUACAGGUAGUUACCAUGUCUGCCACAUUGGCCAAUGUUCAACUUUUACAAAAGUGGUUGGACGCUGAAAUAUUUAUAACAGAUUUUCGUCCUGUGGCUCUGAAUGAAAUGAUCAAAGUUGGAAAUAAAAUAUACAAUAAUCAGUUAAAAGUAAUACGUUCUAUAACCGAACCAUCGGUGGAUGUUCGCGAACCAUUUCCCUCGGUUCCAAAUGAUUCGGAUCACAUAGCCCAACUGUGUCUGGAGACAAUCAUAGAAGGAUGUUCGGUUAUUGUCUUUUGUCCCUCGAAAGAUUGGUGUGAAAACUUGGCCACACAAUUGGCUGGUGCCAUACAUGCCAUUGGCAAACAGGGUGGUGAAUGGGGUAUAAAAUUGAAGGCCCAACUAAAUAGGGAAGCAAUAGAUGAAGUAAAACAACAACUCAGAGAUAUUCCAACUGGCUUGGAUAAUGUAUUGGAGAAAACAGUUACAUUCGGAUGUGCUUUCCACCAUGCCGGCCUUACCACCGAGGAAAGAGACAUUGUUGAGGCAAGUUUCAAGUCGGGGGCUUUAAAAAUAAUUGUUGCCACAAGUACCUUAAGUUCUGGUGUAAAUUUGCCUGCCCGCCGUGUUUUAAUUCGCUCACCUCUCUUUGGAGGCAAACAGAUGAGCUCAUUGACUUAUCGCCAGAUGAUUGGAAGGGCUGGUAGGACAGGAAAGGACACUUUGGGCGAAUCUAUUCUCAUAUGUACCGAAAGCAAUGCUCGUGUGGGAAAAGAUUUAGUUACAGCAGAUUUGAAACCGAUAUACUCAUGCUUGGAAAUGGAUAGCAGUACCCAUUUAAAACGUGCUCUAUUAGAAGUUAUAUCCUCUGGUGUGGCCACAACCAAGGAAGAUAUUUAUAACUUUGUCAAGUGCACUCUUCUAAGUACUCAAAAACAAUUGGCUAAUGAGCAGAGCGAGGAUAGCAAGGAAUCGUUACAAGAUGAGUUUAUAAGUGGGGCUUUGGAUUUUCUAGUGGAGUAUGAGUUUGUGCGUCUACAAAACAAUGAAGAAACUAAUGAACAGUGUUAUGUGGCCACAAGAUUGGGAAUGGCUUGUUUGGCAUCGUCAAUGCCACCCACUGAUGGUUUAAUCCUCUUUGCUGAAUUACAAAAAUCAAGAAGAUGUUUUGUCCUAGAGUCAGAACUACAUGCCGUGUAUUUGGUAACACCAUAUUCUGUUUGCUAUCAAUUGCAAGAUUUAGAUUGGCUAUUCUUUUUGGAUCUAUUUGAAAAACUAACACCAGCAAUGAAAAAAGUCGGGGAAUUGGUUGGUAUUAAAGAAUCUUUUUUGGUGAGGGCAAUGCGUGGCCAAUCUAAAUUGGACUACAAACUAAUGCAAAUACACAAGAGAUUUUACACAGCCCUGGCACUGCAGGAAUUGGUAAACGAAGUGCCCAUUAACACAGUGGCCUCAAAGUAUAAAUGCUCCCGUGGCAUGUUACAGAGUUUGCAACAAAUGGCUUCAACAUUUGCCGGUAUUGUUACAUCCUUUUGCAAUUCCCUGCAAUGGGAUACAUUAAGUUUGAUUGUAUCGCAGUUUAAAGAACGUUUGUAUUUUGGUGUACAUCGUGACCUCAUUGAUUUAAUGCGUAUUCCCGAUUUGAACCAUAAAAGAGCCAGAGCCUUGUUCGAUGCUGGAAUAACAUCUUUGGUAGAUCUGGCAAAUGCCGAUGUUUUGAGUGUGGAAAAGAUUUUGUAUAAUGCCUUAAGUUUCGAUUCUGCCAAACAGCAUGACAAUGAAAAUGCUUUAGAGGCGGCCCAGAGAAAUGAGGCCCGUAAUUUCUAUAUAACUGGAAAGGCGGGUAUAACUGUGGCGGAGGCUGCCAAGUUAUUGGUACAGGAGGCUCGCAGAUUUGUACAAUACGAAAUAGGUGUUGGCAAUAUUAAUUGGUCUCAACCAAAGGACAAUUUGGAUGAGAAUCCUGCAUCGCAAAAUGAGAGUGAAUUGCAUAUGUCUUAUGAAGAAAAUAAAUUCAAUGGAAAGGGAAAACAAAAUGGUGACAUUAAUGGGGAAACCAAAGAUGCUAAUAUUCCUAAAGGUGAACAGGAAGAAAAUAAUGUAAACAGAAAAGAUAAUAACCAUAAAGCUCGGAAGAACGUAGUUGAUUCUAAAGCUAAAAACACUAUAGAAUCCAUUGGAAAAAGUGAAAUAUCAAAGUCAACAGAAAAAAGAAAUUCCAGAAAAAAUGAAAAUAAGGACCAUAAAAUAAAGGAAAAUCUAAAUUUCAAUGCAAGGCAAGAAGUGAAAUCUUUACAGGAAGAAAGGAAGGAAACACAAGAACCUAGGGGACAAAAUGCCGAAACGCCGUUAGCACCGACAACUACUGCUUCCAAAAGACCAUCCGUUGAGAAAACAGAAACGAAAUCAUCGUAUCUAAACGAGUUUAAAUCCAAUAAGAUGGCCAUGCAAGUAGACUCAAAAUCGAACAAUUCAAUAUCUGUAGAUUUAAAAUCGAAAGAUGUAGAAAUAUUGAAGAUUCCUGAGAUAAUAUCACCUGGACCUAAAAAACUUAAUGGACAUCGCAAAUCUGCUGAACAGAUGUCUGCCGAGAAUGGUGAUGAUAUAUCUACAAAACUCAGAUCCGAAACAAAAACACUAAAUGAAAAACGUAAAUCAUCUGAAAAAAUGCCAGAGAUAAAUACCGAUGUUACUCCUCCCAAAUUAAGAAAAAGCGAUGGAGAAGGAAAAAAUAAUGGCCCGGAUGAUGGUGAAAAACCGAGUACCAGUAAAAAAGCUCAACGAUUAUUAAGGGCUAAACAAUUAUCGGAGAUGAAAAGGCAAGAAUGGGCUAAGAAACGCGAACAAGAGCUAGAAAAAGAGAAACCAGACAAUCGGAAGGAAAGUACACCAAAUAAGGAGGGAAAGCUUGGAAACACUUUAGAAAAUGGAUCUGGAACGUCUUCCAAAACGACAUCAAAUAUUGUGGAAAAAAUAGGUACCGAUAAAGACGACAGAAGGCCUGAAAAUAAUAAAGAAAAAAGAGAAGCAAAUCCGCAACAGAUUUUGAAUUCUGAUAGUCUUAAUAAAAAGAAAAACAAUGGAACCUCUAACACCAUCAAAUCCAAAGAAGUAUUCAAAACCCCGAAUACAAUUUCGCCAAGAUCAUCCCAUCAAAAACCGCAGACUGGAACUAGCAAUACGAACUCUGGAACUAGCAAUACGAAAGCUCUGAGAAGAAGUCCAAGAAAUCAGAUAAUCAGUUCCACAAGAAUUGACUAUCAAACGUCUUCCAGUGUUGCAACCCCGCCACCAAGUAAAAAACCCAACAAAACAUUAAUCAAAAGUCCUGGUGAAUUAUUUAACGAUGACAUGGAAGAGUCAUUUGUAUUCAAUACUGGAAUUAAUGAAGCAAUUAAGCAAGUAGAAAAUUGCCAAGGAGACAAGGAAAUUUUAAAUCAAUCUCCAGAGGAUGAAAUACCCAGUUCACAGCAGCUUUGUGAGGAUGUAAAUACAAAUAAAACACAUUCACCACAUGCUUCAAGAUUUCUCAGAUCAUUGAGGGCAACACAGAGAGCCCAAAGUCCCAUGACAAAAAAGAGUAGAGUUACGCCGGAACUACAUGGCAGAGUAACACCUGAACCUGGGCGGGGGGUUGAAAAGAAGCUUCAUAAACCGGAAGUAUUAGAAAUCACUACAAAAGAGCCUUCUACAAAAUCUACAUCUCCUCCAGGUGGAGUUGCCCAGGAAUCAAGUUCAGCUAGUAAUAUAGAGUUAUCGGAUUUUUCAAUGGAAAAUUCUCUAAUGAAAAAUCCAAUGCAUUUGAAUGCAUCGCAUAUUUUAAGCUGCUCCAAAGUGGAGCCGGACUGUUCUUCAUUCAAGUCCAUAGAUAUCAUUGAUAUAUGUGGUGACCAGCAACUUUUCAAGGGCGCCUUCAAAGAAUUUAUGAACAAUAAACGUUUGGGUUUUUGCUUGGGUAUUCAACAACAGACUGCUAAGCGUAAACCCAUAAUAGGAGCAAAUCUAUUGCUUAACCAAGUGGUAGCUGCUGACAGAGAUAGUGAAAAGCCAAUGCAGAAUAUUGACUUUCAAAUUGAUGAUACAAAUUAUCUAGCUGGCAUAGGUUUCUGUGUAUCUGAGAAUUUGGUAUACUAUAUGAAUAUGCAGGCGGAGGGAACAUGCAAAGGUCUUACGGCGGAGGUAAAAUGUAAAUAUCUUCGGAUGCUGUUACGUUCCCAAGAUCACUGUCUAAUUGUUUACGAUGCCAAAGAACAAUUUAAGAUAUUGCGUAAGCUCUUAAAAGAUUUGGGAGAGAUUGCUGUGUCCUUGGAAGAUCCUAAAGUGGCCAAUUGGUUAUUGCAGCCGGAUAAGAUGCAUAAUUUACAUAGUUUGGCCCAACAAUUUUCCCCAGAAUGUUCGGCAUUGGUGAAUUUGUGUGGCAGUGGUAGAGGAUAUUACAGCUAUGGCUUGGAUUCAGAUAGUGCUAUAUUAGCUAAGGUUAGGUGUUCAAUUGAGAGUUGUGUAAGUGUACACAUUAUCAAGGGACAAAUUGAAAAUUUGGAACGCAUUGGAACGGGACAGCUACACAAAUUCUUUAAGGAGCUUGAAAUGCCCUUGCAAAUCUCCCUUUGCAAUAUGGAAGAUGUUGGCUUUCCAACAUGUUCUGAAGCCCUACAUAAAUUGUUUCAACAAAUGGUAGAUGCCAUGAAGAGACUGGAAACCAAAAUCUAUGAAUUACAUGGAUCAAAAUUUAAUUUGGGAUCAUCGUCGGCGGUGGCAAGGGUCUUGGGUCUACAUCGCAAGACUAAUGGUCGAGUUAGUACCUCAAAACAGAUAUUGGAGAAGAUCGAUACACCCAUAUCCCAAAUGAUAAUUACAUAUCGAAAAAUUAGCGUUACAUUAACUAAGAAUAUACAGCCCUUACUGAAAUGUGUUCAAGAUGAUAGAAUUCACGGCCAAAGUAUAACGUAUACUUCAACGGGCCGCAUAUCAAUGACCGAACCAAAUCUACAAAAUGUUGCCAAAGAUUUUGAUGUGGAAAUUGGUUCGGAGAAAUUUACGAUUUCUUGUCGUGGUGCUUUUUAUCCACUGGACACGAAACGUUGCCUAAUUUCGUCUGAUUUUUGUCAGCUCGAAAUGAGAAUUUUAGCACAUCUAUCACAGGAUUCAGCAUUGAUGAAAGUAAUGAAUUCGGAAAAAGAUGUUUUUGUGGCCAUAGCUGCACGAUGGAAUAAAAUAUCUGAGCAGAGUGUGACCGAACAGCUACGUAAUGGUACAAAGCAAAUUUGUUAUGGCAUUGUCUAUGGCAUGGGUAUGCGAGCAUUAGCUGAGGGUCUUAAAUGUACCGAACAAGAAGCUAAUUUUGUAUCAGAACAAUUUCAUGCAGCCUACCCGGGAAUAAGGACUUAUAUCGAUAAAGUAGUUAAAUUUGCCAGAAAUAAUGGUUAUAUUGAAACGAUCACAGGAAGGCGGAGAUAUUUGGAACACAUAAAUAGUGGAGAAUCAUCACAGAAAAGCCAGGCUGAAAGACAAGCAGUAAACUCCACCAUACAAGGAUCAGCGGCUGACAUUGCCAAGAGUGCCAUUUUGAAAAUGGAAAAGAAUAUCACAAAAUAUCGCUCAAAAUUGGGCAUUGAAGCUGAUGCAGUACGUCUGGUUUUACAUUUGCACGAUGAACUGAUAUUUGAAGUACCCGAAGAUAAGGCAAAGAAAAUUGCCAAAGUUCUUAGCAUAACCAUGGAGAAUUGUGUAAAAUUAAAUGUACCACUUAAGGUUAAAUUAAAAAUUGGCAAAAGUUGGGGUAAUCUAAAAGAGGUAAAAUUGUAA